ACAGUAAGAAUGUUUUGCACAGAGAUCUGAAGCCUCAAAACUUGUUAAUCAAUAAGAAUGGUGAGUUAAAGCUUGCUGAUUUUGGUCUUGCAAGAGCUUUUGGUAUUCCAGUUCGUUGUUAUUCUGCUGAGGUAGUCACACUGUGGUAUAGGCCUCCUGAUGUAUUGUUCGGUGCUAAGCUGUACACUACGUCAAUUGAUAUGUGGUCAGCAGGAUGCAUUUUUGCUGAACUUUCGAAUGCAGGACGACCUCUUUUUCCUGGGAGUGACAUUGAUGAUCAACUUAAGAGGAUAUUCAAAUUGCUCGAACAUCACUAUGGCAUCUAAGCUGCCGCCACCACCUAUUGUGAAUCCUAAACGCAAAAACUUCCUAGGGCAACCAGCUCCUCAAGGAUAUGUCGCUGGUGUUGGUAGAGGUGCAACUGGCUUCACUACUCGAUCAGAUAUUGGUCCAGCUAGAGAUGCGAAUGAUGUCCCAGAUGACCGCCAUCCAGCUCCAGCAAAACGAAAAAAAGAUGAUGAAGAAGAUCUUGAAGAAGAUCUUAAUGAUGCAAACUAUGAUGAGUUUGCUGGUUAUGGGGGCUCUCUUUUCAACAAGGAUCCAUAUGACAAAGAUGAUGAGGAAGCUGAUGCAGUUUAUGAAGCUAUUGAUGAGCGUAUGGAUGAAAAAAGAAGAGAGUACAGAGAGAAAAGACGCAAGGAAGAAAUUGAAAAGUAUCGCCAGGAAAGACCAAAGAUCCAACAGCAAUUCAGUGACCUUAAAAGAGAACUCUGUGCAGUUUCAGAAGAUGAAUGGAAGAAUAUACCCGAAGUAGGCGACGCUAGAAAUAGAAAACAGCGUCUGCACGGGAGACGUGAAAAAUUCACCCCACUUCCCGAUUCGGUAUUGACCCGAAACCUGGGAGGUGAAUCCGGCACUUCAAUUGAUCCGAAAAGUGGCCUCGCGUCUGCGUUCCCCGGCAUGCUUACUCCGACAGGCGAUUUGGACUUGCGUAAAAUUGGCCAGGCUCGCAACACGCUCAUGGACAUCAAACUUAAUCAAGUCUCGGAUUCUGUUUCGGGCCAAACAGUAGUCGAUCCCAAGGGCUAUUUAACAGAUUUACAGUCUAUGAUUCCCACUUACGGCGGUGAUAUCAAUGAUAUUAAAAAAGCUCGGCUUCUUUUGAAGUCUGUAAGGGAGACGAACCCUAAUCAUCCUCCGGCAUGGAUUGCGUCAGCUCGUCUAGAAGAAGUGACAGGAAAGCUACAGGCAGCUCGUAAUUUGAUUCUACGAGGCUGUGAGACUUGUCCACAUUCAGAAGAUCUAUGGCUGGAAGCAGCCCGUCUUGUUCCUGUUGAUACGGCGAAGAACGUGAUAGCGCAAGCCGUGAAUCAUUUGGUUAAUUCGGUCAAACUUUGGAUCAAAGCUUCAGAACUAGAGCAGGAUAUGAAAGCUAAAAAACGUGUAUUUAGGAAAGCGUUAGAACACAUUCCUAACUCAGUUCGCUUAUGGAAAGCUGCUGUUGAAUUAGAAGAACCAGAAGAUGCAAAAAUUCUUCUUUCUCGAGCAGUUGAAUGUUGCCCGACCAGUGUUGAGCUGUGGCUUGCCCUUGCUCGGCUGGAAACGUAUGAGAAUGCCCGUAAGGUAUUGAACAAAGCCCGUGAAAAUAUUCCUACAGAUCGCCAGAUCUGGAUCACUGCCGCCAAACUCGAAGAAGCACAUGGAAAUACUACCAUGGUGGAAAAAAUUAUUGAUCGAUCCAUCAAUUCCUUAGCAGCAAACGGAGUGGAGAUCAAUCGAGAGCACUGGUUGAAAGAAGCCGUUGAUGCUGAAAAAUCAGGCGCCGUUCUUACUUGUCAGGCCAUCAUCAAAUUUGUCAUCGGCCAUGGGGUUGAGGACGAAGACCGCAAACACAGCUGGCUAGAAGAUGCCGAUAAUUUCACAUCUCAGGGCGCGUUCGAGUGUUCGCGUGCCGUUUAUUCCCAUGCUUUGGAAAUUUUCCCUGCUAAAAAAUCUAUCUGGCUUCGAGCAGCCCACUUUGAGCGACAGCAUGGAACAAGAGAUUCUCUAGAAUCACUACUUCAACGUGCUGUAGCCCACUGUCCUCAAGCUGAAGUACUCUGGCUUAUGGGUGCUAAAUCGAAGUGGUUGGCAGGUGACGUUCCGGCAGCACGUUCCAUCUUGUCUCUGGCUUUUCAAGCAAAUCCCAACUCCGAAGAAAUUUGGUUGGCUGCAGUUAAGCUUGAAUCUGAAAACUGGGAAUAUGAGCGAGCGCGCAAACUGUUGGCGAAAGCUCGAAAUUCUGCCCCUACUCCCCGUGUGCUAAUGAAAUCAGCCAAGCUAGAAUGGCAUCUAGGUGAUCUGGGAGAAGCACUGAAACAACUGCAGACGGCCAUCGAACAGUUUCCCGAUUACCCAAAGUUCUACAUGAUGCAAGGGCAAAUUCACGGUUUGCAGCAGCGUAUGACUUUAGCUCGCGAUAGCUACAGCCUAGGGACUAAGAAGUGUCCCACCAGCGUUCCACUUUGGCUUUUGUUGGCCCGACUUGAUGAAAGUCAAGGAAACAUGACCAGGGCACGAUCUGUUUUGGAGAAGGCUCGCCAGAAGAACCCGCAAAACCCACAGCUCUGGCUAGAAGCCAUCCGAUUGGAGUGGAAGACCGGUCUAAAGGAUAUUGCCUCAGCCAUGAUGGCGAAAGCAUUGCAAGAUUGCCCCACCUCCGGCCUGUUGUGGGCCGAGACGAUCUUCCUCGUCGAUCGACCUCAACGCAAAACAAAAAGUGUCGACGCGCUCAAAAAGUGCGAACAUGAUCCACAUGUCCUUUUGGCUGUUUCUAAACUAUUCUGGACGGAAAGAAAAACGCAGAAAUGUCGGGAAUGGUUUAAUCGAGCAGUGAAAAUUGAUCCAGAUUUCGGAGAUGCUUGGGGAUAUUUCUACAAAUUCGAGCUGCUUCAUGGAACAGCCGAAGAGCAGAAUGAUGUUAAAAAGCGUUGCGUUCAGGCCGAGCCAAGACACGGUGAAGUUUGGACAACUAUUUCAAAAAGCCCUCAGAAUUGGCGAGCAAAAACCGAAGACAUUCUUUUGUUAGUAGCAGAGGCUUUACCCGUUCCUGUCUGAUCCGCAUCUUUGUCGUUGCUCUUCGAAUAAAAUAUUUUACAUUUUUCUGCUCAA